AUGGAGACAGAUACCUUUUUUUCAAAAUAUAGCUCUUCUGUCAAUGAACGUGCUUCAAUAGAAUCAUUAUAUCCAGAAGUAUCUUUACCUCGACCAGUUCGAUUUUGGCUUCUUCUUUUUCUUUUAAUACCAUCUGCCUUCUGCUCCCUCGUACUUAUCUAUUAUUUAAUCGUAAAUCGAAAUCUACGAAAUUCAUUGAACAAUCAUGUUAUUAUCGUUCUUCUUAUCGUGAAUUUUCAUGCUCUAAUCAUUGGCUUUCCUAUACAGCUCAAUUUUCUACGCUUGGGACAUGUAUGGCCUGAAAAACCUAUAACAUGUCUUGCAUGGCAGUUUGCAGAUAUUGGUAUUUUCACUACAACGGUACUUAAAUCAUUAUUUCCAACAAAUUAUCAAUCAUUACGAUAUAAAUUAGGUGGUUUACUGAAUCGACAUAUUUUUCCAUUUACAGGUCGUCGCGAUAUGAAUUUCAAUAAUAAACAAAUAAAUCAAAUUUUUAAACAUUUUCAACAAGGAUUACAUAAUUGUGAUAUUAUAUUGACUUCAUCAGAAGAUAUUCUCUCAUUCGAUUUACUCACUAUUGAUAAAUGUCGAAAAAAUGAAUUCAAUGUUGGUCGUUCUAUGUUAACGAUUCAACGAUGGUUAAAAAAGUAUAUUCGUGAUGUAUUAGAUGAAUCUGAUGAAAUUUUACAUGUCAAAUAUCAAUUAACUUAUACUGUUGGUAGUCAAGAGCAAGUUGAUGGAGGUACAGAACGUUGGAAAACUAUUCAAAAAAUUCUUGAAUUAGUUAAAAAACAUUCUGCUAAUAUUUCAAAAUGUUUCAGCGAAAAAGUUUGUUAUAAACCAUCUAAACGAAACAGUGCAUUUCCACAAUUUCGUUUACAAUCGCAUGGACCAUAUGCAUUACUUUGUUUAAAUAAUUCACAAUUAUUUCAAUGCUUCAAUUGUUUAAAUGAAGAAGAAACUGAUCCGACAUCGAUUUAUGAUCAAUGGGUAUUAUAUGAAGAUGAAAAAGAUGUCCCAAAAAGUAUUCAACAAUGGAUUGGAGUUAAUUUAAAAGAUUAUCAACAACGCAUUGAUCAUCUCUUUUCUACUUUCCGAUAUAAUAUGAUAGUUAUUAAUUAUUUCCGUCAUUAUUUUGUAUUUCCUCGAGAAGCAAAACAAUUUCUAUAUAAAUUAGUUACUUCUGCUUGGGAUUUAUCGUCCUCGUUACGAUCAAAAAUAAUAACUGGAUUUAGCGGAACUAAUGAUACACAAUUAUUACUUCCUGUUCAUAUUCGUCAAUAUGAUUUACCAGAACUUCAAAAAACAGAUACAAUUGUUGUUAAUAAUUUAUUAAAAAAUGUUGGAACAUUAUUUAUUGAUGGAACUAAUCGAGACAUUGCUGUUAAGUGGUUGAAUCAAUCUGAUAAAAAUAAGAUCGAUUAUAUUGUUUAUUUUGAUUUCGAUUCUAUUAUUGCCUGUGAUCGUCAAUUGCAUCUUUAUGCAUUAGUAACAUUUCCUGCGAGAACUGAUUUUAAAUUUCCAAUGGGAUUUAAAGUUGCUAUUACAUUAGGAAAUGGUUUAACAAAAGAUCGUUUUGUUCAAGCACGUAUGAGAAUGAGAAAAUUAGGUACUGGUCAUUCGUUAAUAUUCUGGAGUUCAUAUGAAGUUCACGAACAAAUAAAAACAUUAAAAAACACAAUCUCGGAAUAA